GGAGGACCUAGUCUAGUUCGAAACAACUCCACGCUGAUUUUGGCGCGCGGGGAUGUCGCAGGAGGCCGCGGUGCUCCUCAUACAUCGCGUGUCAAACCAGUUGGGCUACUCCUCGCAAGAGGCCGAAGCCUUCGUGUGUGCCUUGCACCAGUACCCCAGCUGCGAGUCCCUGGGCGAACUCACGGACGAGGAGGCGAAGCAGCUCUCUCUGCCUCAGCUCCUGGUGCGCACCUUGCGCUGCGAAGUGAAGCAACCGCGAUGCGCGCCUGCGCCAUUUCAGGCGACCCCAAACGCAGUCAAGGUGGAUAGAUCUGGCUGGCGCAUGCACGAGGUGCUGCCGGCCGCCGAUGCGGAUACCUUCAGUGACACCAGCAGCCGGCCGACGGAGGUCUUGACAAGAGGGCCAUCCCCUGUGCCGGAAGAGGAGCCGCAGGGCGCCGGCACGCCCCAGAGCCAGAUGACGGUGUCUCCUCACGAAGGCACACCACGGGAGGACGAGCGAGGUGAGAAGUUGGUGCGUGCCAAGGAGCCUUCUCAGAGACCAGGCCACCAACCGCGUCAGCACAUGCUGCAAAGGGCGCGUGCAGGAGCGAGCACGGAGACCUCCGUCGGUGAGCCUAAAGAGACAGAGGCCGCCAUUCGCCUCGCGAAGCGCCAGGUGCGGCUCUGCGCCACCGCGGCCUUGAUCCAAUGCCUCGCCCAGACCUCCGCCGCGGCCGAGGCGGCCCUCGCCGCCGCCGCGGUGGCGGUGCCCAAGGCAGCGAUGCACACGGCGGCGAAGCCGGGCGCAGUGCGCAACCAGUCGCCUGGCAAAGGCGAUCCGGGCGAGCGUUUGCCCAGCGCAACCAGCCCUGUGAGCCCAAUCAGCCCUGUCAACCCGUCUGCAGGAUCCAACGCAGGCCGCAGCCCGCGAGCAAAGCAGGUCUCAGCCAGGGUGCCUAUCACAAUGACGCCAGGCCGGCGGCGCGUGAACCCUCAGGUGAUGUCCGGGCCGUCCUCGCCCAGAUCUGUGAGCUGCGCAGUGCGCCCUGUGUCGCCCACGCGUCAGGGCAGCGGCGUACACUCCCCGCGCCGCAGCCGAGACACGGCGGCUUCGGCCUCUGCGCCAGCGUUCGCUGCUUCUUCCGCGCGAGCCCCGACUGCCAGAAGUCCGCCAAAGGGCAGAGUUGCGGGCGCCAAGGCGGAGGCAAAGCCAAGGCCAAAGGAGAAGCCAUCGGUAAAAGAGCGGAAGCCGGCCGCGCCGCCGCCCAUGGCCGGCGCGGCUCCGGCUCCCCCGACGCAAGCCGAGGCGUACCCAGGGCGACGGCAGACCGAUAGGCCUGAGAGCCCAAGCUCCGCCCUGUUCUCCGCGCGGCGGCUCGGUGCCAGCCGUGAGGAGACACGCGCGCAGCGUCCCCACCGCCCAGGGAGGCGCCUAUGCAACGCCAAGGCGAUUUCCUCAGGCCACGCCUCGUCUGAAGCCCCGCAGCCCGCCCGGCAUUCGGCGCCGGCGCGUGCAAAGCCCAAGCCUAGCAGUGGCUCGGAAGAGAUGGGUUGCAGAGGGACGUCGCCAGUCAGGAGACUGCACCUGGCGCCAAGCCGCCUUUCGAGGCAGCUGCCGUCAAGGCUGGAAGUGCCCAGCUGCCAUUGGGCUUUGCGCGCAAGGCCGUGCCAUUGGUACGGCCGCCAGGAGUCGUGAGCCCCAGAUAUGCCCCGGCGCCCAGGCCUGUGUCAGGUCGCCCCGCAGGCUCCAAGUCCUGGCAGCCGAUGAAAGCCGCAAAGCCGUAGGCUCCUGCCAGCGAUCGGUUCUUAUCUUCGAGGCAAGCACAUGCUGCUUUUCUCCUGAGCUAACGCGUCUUACAUGAAUUCACCUGCAAGCUUGGAUUGGAGUGGGCUAUCGAGAUAAAAGUUGCGUAGAGAUC